ACACUGUACAUGCAUAUUCAGUGCAUGCUAGUUCGUAACCUCGAAUCUUGAAUCCCAGCUCUUUUUUUAAUCUUCUUUAAAGAUUGCUGAGCGUAUAGUAGUGAUCUGUUGGACUUGUCUUAAUGAUAUACAGCCACUGUUGAGGAUCAUUUUCUUUCUGGACUUUCCAUUUUCAGUAAAAGAUUGAGGAUGUUAUGUGUGAUGUGAAGGGAUUGAGGUAAAGUAAAGAAAAUAUUUUUAUCUGUUUUUGAAACAGACACUGCAGUAUUGGUAAAGGAUAACAGUCAGGAGGAGAUUUCUAACAGAAGAAAAGCAUGGAAGCAGAAAUGGAUCAGACUGUAAAACAGAGGGUGGGAUACCGCAUCCAGCGGGAAGUUAUGGAUGAAUUCACAGUUGAUGAACUUGCAGAAAAAUCGGAUGUCCACACAUCACUGUCUGACAAAAUUAAGGAGUCUUUGAGGUGUUCUGGUCCUCGUGUGAAGAGCUGCUUUCUGUCGUGGAUUCCCCUGCUGUCAUGGCUGCCACGUUACCCAUUCAAAGAAAACGCCUUCGGAGAUCUUGUCUCAGGAAUCAGUGUGGGCAUCAUGCACCUGCCGCAAGGUAUGGCGUAUGCACUGCUAGCUGCUGUCCCACCUGUGUUUGGCCUCUACUCAUCUUUCUACCCAAUCCUUCUGUACUUCAUCUUUGGGACUUCUAAGCACAUCUCAGUGGGUACGUACGCAGUUAUGAGUGUGAUGAUUGGUGGUGUGACAGAGCGCAUGGCUCCAGAUUCAGAUUUUAUGUUUUUUAACAACGUCUCCAACGUCAGUAUCAUAGACACUGUGGCCCGUGACAACGAGAGGGUCAAGAUUGCUGCAGCUGUCACCUUUCUAUCUGGCAUCUUUCAGUUGCUCUUAGGUCUGGUGCAGUUUGGAUUUGUGGUGACGUAUCUUUCUGAGCCUUUGGUUAGAGGCUACACUACAGCAGCAGCCAUUCAUGUCAUUGUGUCCCAGUUAAAAUACACGUUUGGGAUCAGAUUGAACCGCUACAAUGGACCUCUCUCUCUUAUAUAUACGGUGUUGGAUGUGUGUUCUGUGCUGGGUGAGACAAACAUCGGGACACUAGUUGUGAGCAUCAUAACCAUUGUGGGCUUGAUCAUUGCUAAGGAAGUAAAUACCUUUCUGGCACGCAAACUUCCUGUUCCUAUUCCUGUUGAGCUUAUUACUAUUAUUAUAGCUACUGUACUGUCAUGGCAAUUUGAUUUCAAGACUCAGUACAAUGUGGAAGUUGUAGGUUCAAUACCAUCAGGUCUGCAGGCUCCAGUGUUGCCUGCGUUCUCUAUGAUGGGCUCUAUGAUCGGUGAUGCGUUUGCUCUGGCUGUUGUGGGUUACGGUAUUGCCAUCUCCCUUGGCCGAAUCUUUGCUCUCAAAUAUGGCUACAAAGUCGACAGCAAUCAGGAACUGAUAGCAUUAGGACUGAGCAACUCAAUCGGUGCCGUGUUCCAGUGCUUUGCCAUCAGCUGCUCCAUGUCUCGCACUAUGGUGCAAAUUAGUACAGGUGGAAAGACUCAGGUUGCAGGUGCUCUCUCAGCUUUAGUGAUGCUUGUGAUCUUGCUAAAGAUUGGAGAACUCUUUGAAGAGCUGCCAAAGGCGGUAUUGGCUGCUAUUAUCUAUGUGAACCUGCAUGGCAUGAUGAAGCAGUUUGCAGACAUUCGAACACUCUGGAGGAGCAACAGAGUGGACAUGCUGGUCUGGGUGAUGACGUUUAUUCUGACUGUGCUGUUAAAUCCUGAUCUGGGUUUGGCUGCGUCCAUCGCCUUCUCCAUGCUCACCGUCAUAUUCAGGACACAGCUACCAAGGUAUUCUCUUCUUGGUCAGAUUCCUGGCACUGACAUCUACAAACCCAUAGAGGACUAUAAACAGGUUACACAGAUUCCAGGUCUUGUGAUUUUCCGGUGCUCUGCUACCCUGUACUUUGCGAAUGCGGAGAUGUAUACAGAACACCUCUAUGAGAAGAGUGGGGUAGAUGUGCCUAAACUCCUCUCCCACAAGAAGAAGCUUGAGGCAAAGAGACUCAAGAGAGAGAAGAAGGAGGCUAAACGAGCAAAGAAACAAGCAAUGGAGGAGGCUGCAGAAAUGUCAGACAAGGAGGAAAAAUAUGAGGUUGCAGUGGUAAUGAGUCCAGAGCAUUACCAGAUCCCUGACCCCACUAUACCCAAGGCCAUCAUCCUCGAUCUGAGUCCAGUGAACUUCCUCGAUACAGUGGGAGUGAAAACGUUACGCAAUAUCCAUAAGGACUUUGGGGAUGCUGGAAUUAAAGUGUUCUUAUCAGGCUGUCAACGAUGUGUUAUUGACAGUUUGGAGAAGGGGGAUUUCUUCAAUGACAAAGUCACUAAAGCGAUUCUCUUUUCCACUGUCCACGACGCUGUUCUUUACUGCCAAGGAGAAAACACACAAGAGCCUAAGAAGGUGACACAUUUCUGAACCCAAAUCCAUCUCAUAUACGGAGCAUCCCAAAUGUGACAAGAAAUAUCUGACAAAUCUCAAAACUAACACCGCUCUGUUAAAACCACCCUGUUACAAAAAUUUUUCUCUUUUACUCGUACAAGUCUUUAAAUCCAGCUUAUUAAUAAAUGUCAAAAUGUUAUAGCUGAUAGCUGUGGUAACAUCAUGAUAUAUAAACAUCAGGAUGUUAUUAUAUGGAGACAUAAGCUGCCAUUGUUUAAUGUAAUUUAUAUAGCAUGGGAGAUUCAGUGUGACAUCUUUCAGAAAUUCAUUAAGUCAACGAGGACAUGAUAUUAAAUCCAACAUUAUGAUUGAUUUGGACUUACAAUUGUGUACAUCAUUUCCCUGUUAAUCACAUACAAUGCAUCAACACAUUGCCAAAAAUAAAUUACCUGUGAUAUUAACAAUAAAUUUGCUUUAUCUUUUAUUUGACAACUACA